GCUCCCUCAGCUACUACGACAGCCCCUCCCUGUGCGUCAUGCGCGUGCGCUGCCUAAUUCCGGCCUCUGCCCUCGAUAGCCAAAGGGCUGCAAGAAACAGGCCGGAGAAGCGGGGGGGAGGAGGAGAGAAGGGCGCUCGCGCAUGCGCCUCCAAACUGCCUCCUUCUGUUCCCUAUACCCGACCUUGUAAGCGGGCGGCGAGGGGAUGGGGCGCGGAGCGGGGCCCGGGUGAGGCCGAAGAGGAGCCAAGCUCAGCACAGCCGUCCUGCCAGCGACGGGCUCCCCACCCACCCGCUCAGGCAUAAUGGAUAGGUAACAGGACAUUGUCCUGCUGUGGUGCCAGAGAGUAAGAAUGACGGAGUGCUUCCUGCCUCCCACCAGCAGCCCCAGUGAGCACCGCAGAGUAGAGCAUGGCGGGAGUCUUGCUCGGACCCCGAGCUCUGAAGAAAUCAGCCCAACAAAAUUCCCUGGCUUAUAUCGAACUGGCGAGCCAUCACCACCUCACGACAGCCUGCAUGAGCCUCCAGAUAUUGUGUCUGAUGAUGAGAAAGAACAUGGGAAGAAGAAAGGAAAAUUUAAAAAGAAGGAGAAAAGAACGGAAGGCUAUGCAGCCUUCCAGGAAGACAGCUCUGGGGAUGAAGCUGAAAGCCCCUCCAAGUUAAAGCGCUCCAAAGGGAUCCACGUUUUCAAGAAGCCAAGUUUCUCCAAAAAGAAGGAAAAAGAUUUUAAGAUAAAAGAAAAACCCAAAGAUGAAAAACAUAAAGAGGACAAGCACAAGGAGGAAAAACAUAAAGAGAAAAAAUCUAAAGACUUGACAGCAGCGGAUGUUGUGAAACAAUGGAAAGAGAAGAAGAAGAAGAAGAAACCAGCUCAAGAGGCAGAGAUACCGCAGGUGGAUAUUCCCAGGCCUCGCCCUGUGUUUGGUAUCCCUUUGGCAGAUGCAGCAGAAAGGACCAUGUUGUAUGAUGGCAUCCGCCUGCCAGCAGUUUUCCGGGAAUGUAUAGAUUACGUAGAGAAAUAUGGCAUGAAAUGCGAAGGCAUCUACAGAGUUUCAGGAAUUAAAUCAAAGGUGGAUGAGCUAAAAGCAGCAUACGACCGAGAAGAAUCCCCCAACCUGGAGGAGUAUGAGCCUAACACUGUAGCCAGCUUGUUGAAGCAGUACCUGCGUGAACUCCCUGAGAACUUGCUUACCAAAGAGCUCAUGCCUCGCUUUGAAGAUGCUUGUGGGAAGAGCCUGGAGGUUGAGAAAUUGCAGGAGUGCCAGCGUCUCCUGAAAGAACUACCCGAGUGUAACUAUCUCCUAAUUUCUUGGCUGAUUGUGCACAUGGACCAUGUAAUUGCAAAGGAACUAGAAACAAAAAUGAAUAUACAGAACAUUUCCAUAGUACUCAGCCCAACUGUUCAGAUCAGCAACCGUGUCUUGUAUGUGUUUUUCACACAUGUUCAAGAGUUCUUUGGAAAUGUAAUUCUGAAACGGGUGACAAAGCCUCUACGCUGGUCUAACAUGGCAACAAUGCCAGCAUUGCCUGAAACACAGGAAAGCAUCAAAGAAGAAAUUAGAAGACAGGAAUUCCUGUUGAAUUGUUUACACCGAGACCUACAGGCGGGGAUCAAAGAUUUAUCCAAAGAGGAGAGAUUAUGGGAGGUGCAAAGAAUUUUGACUGCUCUCAAAAGGAAGCUAAGAGAAGCUAAAAGACAAGAGUGUGAAACAAAGAUUGCACGAGAGAUUGCCAGCCUUUCAAAGGAGGAUGUUUCCAAAGAGGAAAUGAAUGAGAAUGAAGAAGUUAUUAAUAUUCUGCUCACUCAGGAGAACGAGAUUUUGACAGAACAAGAAGAGCUGCUGGCAAUGGAGCAGUUUUUGCGCAGGCAAAUUGCCACCGAAAAAGAGGAAAUAGAUCGCCUCCAAGCAGAAAUAGCGGAAAUUCAAAGUCGGCAGCAAGGUCGAAGUGAAACCGAAGAAUAUUCUUCUGAAAGUGAGAGUGAGAGCGAAGAUGAGGAAGAGCUACAAAUAAUCUUGGAAGACUUGCAGAGGCAGAAUGAAGAACUGGAGAUUAAGAACAACCAUCUGAACCAAGCGAUUCAUGAAGAGCGAGAGGCCAUCAUUGAAUUGCGAGUGCAGCUCCGGCUCUUGCAGAUGCAGCGAGCAAAAUCGGAGCAGCAGGUGCAGGAAGAAGAGGAGCUUGAGAAACGGGCAGGCGCAUCCCAGCAGCAGCAGCAGCAGCCCCAGCCGCCAAGAGAAACUGUCCCGGAGACAAAAGCAGCGAAAGAGCAGCCAAAGGCAAUCAAGGAGCCAGUGAAGCCAUCGCCAAGCAAGGAGCGAAAGGAAACACCAAUUUAAUUGGAUUCCUAAGGUAUUCAGGAGACCACCUGGGGCAAAGCCAGGACUGUGCAACUUACUGUAAAUCUGAGGCAUGUAUAUUCUGUAAAUAGGUUGUCUUUUACACCCUGGAGACAUUUUGUCUCCUCCCUACCUGUGGCUUCUGCCUAUCAGGCUCAGGUUAUUUGGAAGGACAAAGCAAUUUGAGAUGGGGAAGAGGGUGCAGCACGGCUGUUACUUUGCGAUGUCAGAUACUGGCAUCAGGUGACAAUAAAUGACUCGCUGGGAAGUUUUAUUUUCAAACAGUUGGGUCUGGAGCAGUCUUGGAAAUUCUCUCAUGUGUUUUCUCCCUAAGGGCUACUUCAUGCGUUUCAUUUCACUACACUUAGUGUAGGGGGAAAGCCUACAUACCCAGCCUUGUAAUUGGCCACUCUUUCUGGUAGCCAUAGGCAGUAGAAUUUCCCGCCAGUUGUAUAGGCUGGUGGGAGAGGGUUGGAUUGCUCUGUUCCUUUUUCACCAUACCACUUGACAGAAGGCCUUUUUCUUAGUAUUGACUCUAGAGAAGGGAUCUUCUUUUCCUCUACAGCCAACUUGAAAAUGUAAGCAACUAGCCUCGUAGCCUGGAUUUUUUUAAAAAACUAGCCUGUUAAUAAGUUGUAUGGGCUUAUUUAAAAGGCUGCACAUGUCUAUGUAUGUGUCAUGUGCAGAUCAUGCUCGUUUCUAUUUUGCUGUACACACACACACACACACACACACACGUUGGGAAGCCACAGUUGACAGCAACAAAAUAGAUAAAUGCAACUAUCAUUCAUAAUAGUGUUCACAUUUUUUCCACUGUGCUGGUGUAAGAUAAAUGUGUGAAGUGGCUCUUGGGUCAGAAUCAGUUCCAACCCAUAACCAUACAUUUACUUGCUUUGUGCAUUUCUUUGCUCUCCAUUGUAAUUUCUAUCUUUUUACUCACUCUUGCUUGUGCUUUUGGUACAGAUUAUGAGCAGUGGAGCUUUACAAAGUAGAUUUGUCCUGAGUGGAUGGAAGGUCUCCAAGGGCAAAACAUUAGUGUUAUUCAGCAUGUUCUCAUUUUCAUUUGACAUUUUUAAAGCUGUAUGGAACUAUACGUAAAGCUGCGAUGCAAAGAUUGAUGAGCACAGCCCCAUAAAUGAAAGUUACCCACAAAGAUCUGUUAAACCUUGGCAAUGCACUUAAGUAUAGGACUAAUUAACUAGGAAAUGUAUGUUCCUUACAGGUGAGAAUACAAGCACCGUAUAAGUAAAUAGUAAACACCUCGUAAUGCAGACUCUGUUCAUAUCUUUUUAAAGUUUAUUCAUAUGUUUGUGGAUAAUGCUUUGAUAAUUUAACAGGGACCCACACAUUUUCACUUAAUAGCCAACCCCCAAUUUGUGGUUGCUAAACUUGGAAAGGGGCUGGAGUUUAUUUUUGAUGUACUGUUCUUCUGAGAUGCAGAGUACUUUCAAGUACAGUGCAACACAAAGAACUCUGACCACCUCCUGGAGCUAGGAAGGUGGUGGGAAAUCACCUGUGCCAUUGUACUGUGCCCCUGAGAAGCAUGGGAAUGUCUCCAGGAUUGUCACAGAAGUUGCACUGUGCUUCUGGUGCAUGUGGAAUGCCUAGGAGACAGCAUGACACAGAGAAGCAACUGCCCCCUUCUAAGGAUUGAAGCUAGGAAGGGAAUGGUUGAUCAUCCUUGAAAGUCAUGCAGUGAUUUGGGGGCACCCUAAGCUACUCUGAAGUAUAGUGUGACUACUGAGACAAAUCCUUAACUCCAAGCUCAGGAGGUGGACUGUGGCUCAUCAUUCUUUCCAAAGGACAAUGGGACACUAGCCAUGGUGAGCAUAUUUGUGAACUUCUGAGUAAUUAAAGCUGUUGGACAAUGUGGCUUACUUAAUCAGGUAAUAUACACCUCUCUUUGUAGACAAGUUCAAGCUGUUCAGAUGUCCUCCAACAAUUCCUGAUGGAGAGCUGCUUCCUUUUGCUUGAUCAUUUUCUGUUGCCAGCAACAAAUUGUUUUGGUAACAUUUGUAUUUCAGCAGCACCCAUUUUUAAAAGCCCAGUUUAAUUGAAUUGGUCAUCUCAGUAAUGUAGAACAGAUUCCACAGGGUGCUUUAUAGCUUAUUUACUGUAGUUUCUAGUCUGCAUUAUUUAUUUUGUUUGGUGUGGUUUUCUUUGCCUAUUGCACUGCUUAUGAAUCAUUGGCCGUGAUUUUAUUUUGUACAAAUAACGCUUUGAUAUAUGUUACAGAGAACAGCUUAUUUUUUUAAACCUUGAAGAAAAGAAUUUAUGGGGACUGGUCAGAUGACGGUUGUGUGUGCAUAAAGCAUUUUCCUUUGCCUGUUACAUACAUUUUAUAUUUUCUGGCAGUAUUUAAACUUCUUUUUGGUUUAAAUUCUCACUAAUUUCUAUUAAAUUGUCAAACCUUUAUAUAAUCAAUGUUCAUCAAGCAAAUAUCUUGCUGCUGGUUAACUUCUAUUUUGUCAAUACCAUGUUAAUCAAGUAAAUAAAUUCUACAGCCAUC